AUGGAACAAUCGCAUUCACCAGCAAGCGACGAACAGGGACAGAGGUUCCACUUGAAUAUGACGACGAUAAAGUUGACUAUUGUAAAGGGCGCGAAAGAAAUGGGGUUUUUUUCCGUAUGGAUAUCCUGUUAUUUACAUGGUGAUAGACAUGAGUACGAUCUACUUCCAGUGAGGGGAGUGCCAGAGCUUUUAAGGUUUUCGUAA